GUCCCCAGGUGCUGCUCAGCAUAAAAGUUAAAAGUGCAAUUCAGGAAGCACUGGGAUUCUGUGUAGACCCGAGGAAACCAUUUCCCUAAGAGAAGCUCUGUUCCUUGGCUUGUCCUUCCUUCCCGGGAAGGAAGCUUCCGGGGAACGAAGGGAUCAGCCCGCUUUGCCUGCAGAAGCUUGGCUGAGGGUUCCCAGCCGGCUGUGAACUACGGAGCACUGUAGGCGCCUGGCUGGCUCAGCCCAAUGCAGAAGUCUCUCCCUUCUCCAAAAACCCACAUCCCUACAGAACCAGCUUCUAGUUACUUUCCCUUCAAGGGGAUUAAAAUAAUUGUGAUUUGUGGCGCUCUGCGUUCGCGGUGGUGUUUUCUGUUGUGUUAAAUGCCUCUUACUAAGUAAUAGAUGUGAUUUAUGUGGACGACGACGGGGUGUGUGGUGGAUUCGGUGAUUAAUCAGUGAAUUCCCAUCCGCUGGCAUCUCUCACUGCCCCUCUUGCGUGAUGUAAGAUCAGACGUACCCUGCAUUGAAAAGUCAAGACACACGGGCGGCUCGCUCGCGCUCACACACGCUCUCGCUCCUCUCUCCCGCACGCGCGCAUCCCUCCACCUUCCACAUCCUGCUCCAGGCAGGAGAAGGCGGACUGGUUGGACUCAUUGAGCUGAAGAAUUUCCAGUGACAUUUGUAAAUGACGCCGCUCGAUUCCGGGCUCCAAGCCGCCGCCGCCGCCGCCGCCUCCGGGCCGAAGGUGCCGCCGAGCAGUCUCCAGCGCAGACUUCCUUACCGGGCGACCACAAUGUCCGAGUUUCUCCUCGCCUUACUCACUCUGUCGGGAUUAUUGCCGAUCGCCAGGGUGCUGACCGUGAGAGCCGACCGAGAUCAGCAGUUGUGUGAUCCUGGUGAAUUUCUUUGCCACGAUCAUGUGACUUGUGUCUCCCAGAGCUGGCUGUGUGAUGGGGACCCUGACUGCCCUGAUGAUUCAGACGAGUCUUUAGAUACCUGUCCUGAGGAGGUAGAAAUCAAGUGCCCCUUGAAUCACAUUGCUUGCCUUGGUACCAACAAAUGUGUUCAUUUAUCCCAGCUGUGCAAUGGUGUCUUGGACUGCCCAGACGGGUAUGACGAAGGAGUACAUUGUCAGGAACUGUUAUCCAAUUGCCAACAGUUGAAUUGUCAGUAUAAAUGUACAAUGGUCGGAAAUAGUACAAGAUGUUACUGUGAGAAUGGAUUCGAAAUAAAAGAAGAUGGGAGAAGCUGUAAAGAUCAAGAUGAAUGUGCUGUUUAUGGUACAUGCAGCCAGACCUGCAGAAAUACACAUGGAUCCUACACCUGCAGUUGUGUGGAAGGCUACCUAAUGCAGUCAGACAACAGGUCUUGCAAAGCUAAAAUUGAACCUACAGAUAGACCACCUAUACUAUUAAUCACAAAUUUUGAAACAAUUGAAAUUUUCUAUCUUAAUGGAAGUAAAAUUGCAACUCUAAGCUCAGUCAAUGGAAAUGAAAUUCAUGCUCUGGAUUUUAUUUAUAAUGAAGAUAUGAUUUGUUGGAUUGAAUCAAGAGAAUCUUCAAAUCAACUCAAAUGUAUCCAGAUAACAAAAGCAGGAGGAUUAACAGAUGAAUGGACAAUCAAUAUUCUUCAAUCCUUCCACAAUGUUCAGCAAAUGGCAAUUGACUGGCUGACCCGAAAUCUCUAUUUUGUGGACCAUGUCAGUGACCGGAUCUUUGUAUGUAACUACAACGGUUCUGUAUGUAUCACCCUGAUUGAUCUGGAGCUUCACAAUCCUAAAGCAAUAGCAGUAGAUCCAAUAGCAGGAAAACUUUUCUUUACUGACUACGGGAAUGUCGCCAAAGUGGAGAGAUGUGACAUGGAUGGGAUGAACAGAACAAGGAUAAUUGAUUCAAAGACAGAGCAGCCAGCUGCACUGGCACUAGACCUAGUCAACAAAUUGGUUUACUGGGUAGAUCUUUACUUGGACUAUGUGGGAGUAGUGGACUAUCAAGGAAAAAAUAGACAUGCUAUCAUUCAAGGCAGACAAGUCAGACAUCUUUAUGGUAUAACUGUGUUCGAAGAUUAUUUGUAUGCAACCAAUUCUGAUACCUACAAUAUCAUAAGGAUAAACCGAUUUAAUGGCACUGAUAUUCACUCAUUAAUUAAAAUGGAGAAUGCUCGGGGAAUCCGAAUUUAUCAGAAAAGAACUCAACCGACAGUCAGAAGCCAUGCAUGUGAAGUCGAUCCAUAUGGAAUGCCAGGGGGCUGUUCACACAUCUGUCUACUCAGCAGCAGUUACAAAACUCGGACCUGUCGCUGCAGGACUGGCUUCAACUUGGGAAGCGAUGGCAGGUCAUGCAAAAGACCAAAGAAUGAGUUGUUCCUCUUUUAUGGGAAAGGACGCCCAGGAAUUGUUAGAGGAAUGGACUUGAAUACCAAGAUAGCUGAUGAAUACAUGAUCCCCAUAGAAAAUCUGGUAAACCCUCGUGCUUUAGAUUUUCAUGCAGAAACCAAUUACAUCUACUUUGCUGACACCACCAGUUUCCUAAUUGGCCGGCAGAAGAUAGAUGGCACAGAACGAGAAACCAUCCUGAAAGAUGAUCUGGAUAAUGUAGAGGGCAUUGCUGUGGACUGGAUUGGAAAUAAUCUUUACUGGACCAACGAUGGCCAUAGGAAAACCAUUAAUGUGGCCAGGCUGGAAAAAGCUUCUCAGAGUCGGAAGACUCUUUUAGAGGGUGAAAUGUCUCAUCCCAGAGGAAUUGUGGUGGAUCCAAUUAAUGGUUGGAUGUAUUGGACAGACUGGGAGGAAGAUGAAAUAGAUGACAGCGUGGGAAGGAUUGAGAAGGCCUGGAUGGAUGGAUUCAAUCGGCAGAUUUUUGUGACUUCAAAGAUGCUGUGGCCAAAUGGUUUAACUCUGGACUUUCACACCAACACAUUAUACUGGUGUGAUGCCUAUUACGAUCAUAUUGAAAAAGUGUUUUUGAAUGGAACUCACAGGAAGAUUGUGUACAGUGGGAGAGAGCUGAACCACCCUUUUGGACUGUCGCAUCAUGGAAAUUAUGUGUUCUGGACAGAUUAUAUGAAUGGUUCCAUUUUUCAACUCGACUUGAUAACGAGUGAGGUGACAUUGCUGAGGCAUGAAAGACCACCCCUAUUUGGGCUUCAGAUUUAUGAUCCACGAAAGCAACAAGGUGACAAUAUGUGUCGAGUAAAUAAUGGGGGCUGUAGUACGCUUUGCUUGGCUAUCCCAGGAGGCCGGGUGUGUGCUUGUGCUGAUAAUCAACUUUUGGAUGAAAAUGGGACAACUUGCACAUUUAACCCUGGAGAAGCACUACCUCGCAUAUGUAAAGCUGGAGAAUUUCGCUGCAAAAACAGACACUGUAUCCAAGCUCGGUGGAAAUGUGAUGGCGACGAUGAUUGCCUAGACGGAAGUGAUGAGGACUCAGUAAACUGCUUCAAUCAUAGCUGUCCUGAUGAUCAGUUUAAAUGCCAGAAUAAUCGCUGCAUCCCCAAGAGAUGGCUUUGUGAUGGAGCUAAUGACUGUGGGAGCAAUGAAGAUGAAUCCUAUCAAACUUGUGCAGCCAGAACAUGCCAGGUAGACCAGUUUUCUUGCGGAAAUGGGCGUUGCAUUCCCAGAGCAUGGCUGUGUGACAGGGAAGACGACUGUGGUGACCAGACAGAUGAAAUGGCAUCUUGUGAAUUCCCAACUUGUGAGCCACUAACACAAUUUGUAUGCAAAAGUGGAAGAUGCAUUAGCAGCAAAUGGCACUGCGACUCUGAUGACGACUGUGGGGACGGGAGUGAUGAGGUGGGCUGUGUUCACUCUUGCUUUGAUAAUCAGUUCAGAUGUUCCAGUGGCAGAUGCAUCCCAGGCCAUUGGGCCUGUGAUGGUGACAAUGACUGUGGUGACUUCAGUGAUGAAGCCCAGAUCAAUUGUACCAAAGAAGAGAUUCAUUCUCCUGCUGGUUGUAAUGGAAAUGAAUUUCAGUGCCACCCUGAUGGUAACUGCAUUCCUGAUCUGUGGCGCUGUGAUGGAGAAAAAGAUUGCGAAGAUGGUAGUGAUGAAAAAGGCUGCAAUGGUACCAUACGAUUGUGUGACCACAAAACCAAGUUUUCCUGUUGGAGUACAGGGAGAUGCAUCAACAAAGCAUGGGUAUGUGAUGGAGACAUUGAUUGUGAAGAUCAGUCAGAUGAAGAUGACUGUGACAGUUUCUUGUGUGGACCACCCAAAUAUCCUUGUGCUAAUGACACCUCAGUCUGCCUGCAGCCAGAGAAACUCUGCAAUGGGAAAAAGGAUUGUCCUGAUGGCUCUGAUGAAGGCGAUCUCUGUGAUGAAUGUUCGCUGAACAAUGGAGGCUGUAGCAACCACUGUUCUGUUGUUCCUGGAAGAGGAAUUGUCUGUUCCUGCCCUGAAGGACUUCAACUCAACAAAGACAAUAAAACAUGUGAAAUUGUGGAUUACUGUAGCAACCAUCUAAAGUGCAGCCAAGUGUGUGAGCAGCACAAGCACACAGUUAAGUGCUCAUGUUAUGAAGGUUGGAAGCUGGAUGUAGAUGGUGAAAGUUGUACAAGUGUUGAUCCUUUUGAAGCAUUCAUCAUCUUUUCUAUUCGUCAUGAGAUCAGAAGGAUUGAUCUUCACAAAAGAGACUAUAGUCUACUUGUUCCUGGAUUGAGAAACACAAUAGCACUUGAUUUUCACUUCAAUCAAAGUUUACUUUAUUGGACAGAUGUUGUAGAAGACAGAAUAUACCGGGGAAAGCUUUCUGAAAGUGGAGGUGUCAGUGCCAUUGAAGUGGUUGUGGAGCAUGGCCUGGCUACUCCAGAAGGCCUGACAGUCGACUGGAUAGCAGGAAACAUAUACUGGAUAGACAGCAAUCUGGACCAAAUCGAGGUGGCUAAACUAGAUGGCUCCCUAAGAACUACACUAAUAGCAGGAGCCAUGGAACACCCCAGGGCCAUUGCUUUGGACCCAAGAUAUGGAAUUCUUUUCUGGACAGACUGGGAUGCAAAUUUUCCUCGCAUUGAAUCUGCCUCUAUGAGUGGUGCUGCAAGAAAAACCAUCUACAAAGACAUGAAAACUGGGGCUUGGCCUAAUGGACUAACUGUGGACCACUUUGAGAAAAGGAUAGUGUGGACAGAUGCCAGGUCAGAUGCUAUUUAUUCAGCCCUCUAUGAUGGAACAAACAUGAUAGAAAUCAUCCGAGGUCAUGAAUACCUUUCCCAUCCCUUUGCUGUGUCUCUAUAUGGGAGUGAAGUCUACUGGACAGACUGGAGGACCAACACAUUGUCCAAAGCCAAUAAAUGGACAGGGCAGAAUGUCAGUGUGAUUCAGAAAACAAGUGCACAGCCAUUUGACCUUCAGAUAUACCAUCCCAGUCGCCAGCCACAGGCUCCCAAUCCUUGUGCAGCUAAUGACGGCAAAGGCCCCUGCUCUCACAUGUGUCUAAUCAAUCACAAUAGGAGUGCUGCAUGUGCAUGCCCCCACUUGAUGAAGCUUUCUUCAGACAAGAAGACCUGCUAUGAAAUGAAAAAAUUUCUUCUUUAUGCAAGACGUUCUGAAAUCAGAGGAGUGGAUAUUGACAAUCCAUAUUUUAACUUUAUCACGGCAUUUACAGUUCCUGAUAUUGAUGAUGUUACUGUGAUAGACUUCGAUGCAUCUGAGGAACGUUUAUAUUGGACAGAUAUUAAAACACAAACCAUUAAACGAGCUUUUAUUAAUGGAACUGGGUUAGAAACUGUUAUUUCAAGAGAUAUUCAGAGUAUCAGAGGACUAGCAGUGGAUUGGGUGUCACGUAAUUUAUACUGGAUUAGCUCAGAAUAUGAUGAAACACAAAUUAAUGUGGCAAGGCUAGAUGGCUCUUUGAAAACCUCUAUUAUCCAUGGAAUCGAUAAGCCACAGUGUCUUGCAGCUCACCCAGUCAGGGGAAAACUCUACUGGACCGAUGGAAACACAAUUAACAUGGCAAAUAUGGAUGGCAGUAAUAGCAAGAUUCUGUUUCAGAAUCAGAAGGAGCCAGUUGGUCUAUCGAUAGACUAUGUGGAAAACAAGCUUUAUUGGAUCAGUUCGGGGAAUGGAACCAUCAAUAGAUGCAACCUGGAUGGUGGUAAUUUAGAAGUAAUCGAGUCAAUGAAAGAAGAAUUAACAAAAGCUACAGCCCUAACCAUCAUGGAUAAGAAACUGUGGUGGGCAGACCAAAACUUAGCUCAGCUGGGAACCUGCAGCAAAAGAGACGGAAGAAACCCCACCAUCCUACGAAAUAAAACAUCCGGGGUAGUUCAUAUGAAAGUAUAUGAUAAAGAAGCACAGCAAGGCAGCAAUUCUUGCCAACUAAACAAUGGUGGAUGCUCUCAACUUUGUUUACCCACAUCUGAAACUACAAGGACGUGUAUGUGCACAGUGGGAUAUUAUCUCCAAAAGAACCGCAUGUCAUGUCAAGGUAUAGAAUCAUUUCUUAUGUACUCUGUUCAUGAAGGAAUCAGGGGAAUACCUCUUGAACCAAGUGACAAAAUGGAUGCUUUGAUGCCUAUAUCAGGAACUUCAUUUGCCGUGGGAAUAGAUUUCCAUGCAGAAAAUGAUACCAUCUACUGGACAGACAUGGGCUUCAAUAAAAUUAGCCGAGCUAAAAGAGAUCAGACUUGGAAAGAAGAUAUCAUUACCAAUGGCUUGGGAAGAGUGGAAGGGAUAGCCAUUGACUGGAUUGCUGGUAACAUAUAUUGGACAGAUCAUGGUUUCAACUUAAUUGAAGUUGCAAGACUCAAUGGUUCUUUCCGUUAUGUAAUUAUUUCCCAAGGCCUGGAUCAACCAAGAUCUAUAGCUGUGCACCCAGAGAAAGGCCUCUUAUUCUGGACUGAAUGGGGACAAAUGCCCUGUAUUGGAAAGGCUCGUUUGGAUGGCUCAGAGAAGGUUGUCCUUGUAAGCAUGGGAAUAGCAUGGCCAAAUGGUAUCUCCAUUGACUAUGAGGAAAAUAAAUUGUACUGGUGUGAUGCUCGCACAGACAAGAUAGAGAGAAUCGACCUUGAGACUGGAGGGCAUCGCGAGGUGGUGCUGUCAGGAAGCAAUGUGGAUAUGUUUUCAGUUGCAGUCUUUGGGGCUUACAUCUACUGGUCUGACAGAGCACAUGCAAACGGGUCCGUCAGAAGGGGCCACAAGAAUGAUGCCACAGAAACGAUAACCAUGAGAACUGGUCUUGGAGUCAACCUGAAGGAGGUUAAAAUAUUUAACCGAGUAAGAGAGAAAGGGACCAAUGUUUGUGCCAGGGACAAUGGUGGCUGUAAGCAACUCUGUCUUUAUCGAGGAAAUUCCCAGAGAACUUGUGCUUGUGCCCAUGGAUUUUUGGCAGAAGAUGGAGUUACUUGCCUGAGGCAUGAAGGCUAUUUGCUAUAUUCAGGAAGAACAAUAUUAAAAAGUAUACAUCUUUCUGAUGAAACCAAUUUAAAUUCCCCAAUAAGGCCAUAUGAGAAUCCACAUUAUUUCAAGAAUGUCAUAGCCUUGGCUUUUGACUAUAAUCAAAGAAGAAAAGGUACCAACCGAAUCUUUUACAGUGACGCACACUUUGGAAAUAUACAGCUUAUUAAAGACAACUGGGAAGACAGACAAGUAAUUGUUGAAAAUGUGGGUUCUGUGGAAGGACUUGCCUAUCACAGAGCCUGGGAUACACUGUACUGGACAAGCUCCACCACCUCGUCCAUCACCAGACACACUGUGGACCAGACUCGACCUGGAGCAUUUGACAGGGAAGCUGUCAUCACCAUGUCAGAGGAUGACCACCCACAUGUGCUAGCCUUGGAUGAAUGUCAAAAUUUAAUGUUUUGGACCAACUGGAAUGAACAGCAUCCAAGUAUCAUGAGAUCUACUCUGACUGGGAAGAAUGCUCAAGUAGUGGUCAGUACAGACAUACUCACUCCAAAUGGACUCACUAUCGACUACCGUGCAGAGAAGUUGUAUUUCUCAGAUGGCAGUCUAGGAAAAAUUGAAAGGUGUGAAUAUGAUGGAUCCCAGAGACAUGUGAUAGUUAAGUCCGGCCCAGGAACUUUCCUCAGCUUGGCUGUUUAUGACAAUUAUAUAUUCUGGUCAGACUGGGGAAGAAGAGCUAUCCUGCGGUCCAACAAGUACACAGGAGGAGAUACAAAAAUUCUUCGUUCCGAUAUUCCACAUCAGCCAAUGGGAAUCAUAGCUGUUGCCAAUGACACCAAUAGCUGUGAACUUUCUCCAUGUGCAUUAUUGAAUGGAGGCUGCCAUGAUUUGUGCCUUUUAACUCCCAAUGGGAGAGUGAAUUGUUCCUGCAGAGGGGACCGAAUAUUGCUAGAGGACAACAGAUGUGUGACUAAAAAUUCCUCCUGCAACAUUUAUUCAGAGUUUGAAUGUGGAAAUGGUGAGUGCAUUGACUACCAGCUCACCUGUGAUGGCAUUCCUCACUGUAAGGAUAAAUCAGAUGAAAAACUGCUCUACUGUGAAAACAGAAGCUGUCGAAGAGGCUUCAAACCUUGCUAUAAUCGCCGCUGCAUUCCUCAUGGCAAGUUAUGUGAUGGAGAAAAUGACUGCGGAGACAACUCUGAUGAAUUAGAUUGUAAAGUUUCAACCUGUGCCACAGUUGAGUUCCGCUGUGCAGAUGGGACUUGUAUUCCAAGAUCAGCACGAUGCAACCAGAACAUAGACUGUGCAGAUGCUUCAGAUGAAAAGAACUGCAAUAACACAGACUGUACACAUUUCUAUAAACUUGGAGUGAAAACCACAGGGUUCAUAAGAUGUAAUUCUACUUCACUAUGUGUUCUGCCAACCUGGAUAUGCGAUGGGUCUAAUGACUGUGGAGACUAUUCAGAUGAAAUAAAGUGCCCAGGUAUCCCUAAUCAAGAUAUUCCAGGGGUGAUUGCACUAACAUUGUUUGAAGACUACAUCUACUGGACUGAUGGGAAAACCAAGUCACUCAGCCGUGCCCAUAAAACAUCGGGAGCAGACAGACUCUCACUGAUUAACUCAUGGCAUGCCAUCACAGAUAUCCAGGUGUAUCAUUCUUAUAGACAACCUGAUGUCUCCAAACAUCUCUGCAUGAUAAAUAAUGGUGGUUGCAGUCAUCUGUGCCUUUUAGCCCCUGGAAAAACCCACACUUGUGCAUGUCCCACCAACUUCUAUCUGGCAGCUGAUAAUAGGACUUGCCUAUCCAACUGCACAGCCAGCCAGUUUCGUUGCAAAACUGACAAAUGUAUUCCAUUCUGGUGGAAAUGUGACACUGUGGAUGACUGUGGUGAUGGAUCUGAUGAACCUGAUGACUGUCCUGAAUUUAAAUGUCAGCCAGGCCGAUUUCAGUGUGGGACUGGACUCUGUGCUCUACCAGCUUUCAUCUGUGAUGGAGAGAAUGAUUGUGGAGACAAUUCUGAUGAACUCAACUGUGACACACAUGUCUGCCUGUCAGGUCAAUUCAAGUGUACCAAGAACCAGAAAUGUAUCCCAGUAAACUUAAGAUGUAAUGGGCAAGAUGACUGUGGUGAUGAGGAAGAUGAAAGAGACUGUCCUGAAAACAGCUGUUCUCCAGACUAUUUCCAGUGUAAGACUACGAAACAUUGCAUUUCCAAGCUGUGGGUUUGUGAUGAGGAUCCAGACUGUGCAGAUGCAUCAGACGAGGCCAACUGCGAUAAAAAGACUUGUGGACCUCAUGAAUUCCAGUGUAAAAACAACAACUGUAUUCCAGAUCACUGGCGGUGUGAUAGCCAAAAUGACUGCAGUGAUAACUCAGAUGAAGAAAACUGUAAGCCACAGACAUGUACAUUGAAAGAUUUCCUCUGUGCCAAUGGGGACUGUGUUUCUUCAAGGUUCUGGUGUGAUGGAGAUUUUGACUGUGCAGAUGGCUCUGAUGAGAGAAAUUGUGAAAUAAGUUGUUCCAAAGAUCAGUUCCAAUGUUCCAAUGGUCAGUGUAUACCAGCAAAAUGGAAAUGUGAUGGCCAUGAAGACUGUAAAUAUGGGGAAGAUGAGAAAAGCUGUGAGCCAGCUUCUCCUACUUGCUCAUCAAGUGAAUAUAUAUGUGCCAGUGGUGGAUGUAUUUCAGCAUCUUUGAAAUGUAAUGGAGAAUAUGAUUGUGCUGAUGGUUCAGAUGAGAUGGACUGUGUGACUGAAUGUAAGGAAGAUCAGUUUCGGUGCAAAAAUAAAGCCCGCUGUAUUCCAAUUAGAUGGCUGUGUGAUGGAAUUCAUGACUGUGUGGAUGGCAGUGAUGAAGAGAACUGCGACAGAGGAGGAAAUAUAUGUAGAGCUGAUGAGUUCCUUUGCAAUAAUUCUCUCUGCAAACUACAUUCCUGGGUGUGUGAUGGAGAGGACGACUGUGGAGACAACUCUGAUGAAGCCCCUGAUAUGUGUGUCAAAUUUCUUUGUCCAUCCACAAGACCUCACAGAUGCAGAAAUAACAGAAUAUGCCUACAGUCUGAGCAAAUGUGCAAUGGGAUUGAUGACUGCGGGGACAACUCAGAUGAAGAUCACUGUAGUGGUAAGCUGACAUAUAAAGCAAGGCCUUGUAAAAAGGAUGAAUUUGCUUGUAGUAAUAAAAAAUGCAUCCCUAUGGAUCUCCAGUGUGAUCGACUUGAUGACUGCGGAGAUGGUUCAGAUGAGCAAGGAUGCAGAAUAACUCCUACUGAAUAUACCUGUGAAGAUAAUGUGAAUCCAUGUGGAGACGAUGCAUAUUGUAAUCAAAUAAAAACAUCUGUUUUCUGUCGAUGUAAGCCUGGAUUUCAGAGAAACAUGAAAAACAGACAAUGUGAAGACCUCAAUGAAUGUUUGGUGUUUGGCACAUGUUCCCAUCAAUGUAUAAAUGUGGAAGGAUCAUAUAAAUGUGUGUGUGACCAGAAUUUUCAAGAAAGAAAUAACACCUGCAUAGCAAAAGGCUCUGAAGAUCAAGUUCUCUACAUUGCUAAUGACACUGAUAUCCUGGGUUUUAUAUAUCCAUUCAACUACAGUGGCGAUCAUCAACAAAUUUCUCAUAUUGAACAUAAUUCAAGAAUAACAGGGAUGGAUGUAUAUUAUCAAAGAGAUAUGAUUAUUUGGAGUACUCAGUUUAAUCCAGGCGGAAUUUUCUACAAAAGGAUCCAUGGCAGAGAAAAAAGGCAAGCAAACAGUGGCUUGAUUUGUCCUGAAUUUAAAAGGCCCAGGGACAUUGCAGUUGACUGGGUGGCUGGAAACAUUUACUGGACUGAUCAUUCUAGAAUGCACUGGUUCAGUUACUACACUACUCACUGGACCAGUCUGAGGUACUCUAUUAACGUAGGGCAGCUGAAUGGCCCCAACUGCACCAGACUCUUAACAAAUAUGGCUGGAGAACCGUAUGCUAUUGCUGUAAAUCCUAAAAGAGGGAUGAUGUACUGGACUGUUGUUGGAGAUCACUCCCACAUAGAAGCAGCAGCCAUGGAUGGUACACUGAGAAGGAUUUUAGUACAAAAGAACUUACAGAGACCCACAGGUUUGGCUGUGGAUUAUUUUAGUGAACGCAUAUAUUGGGCUGACUUUGAGCUCUCCAUCAUUGGCAGUGUUCUGUAUGAUGGCUCUAACUCGAUAGUCUCUGUCAGCAGCAAACAAGGUUUAUUACAUCCACAUAGAAUUGAUAUCUUCGAAGAUUAUAUAUAUGGAGCAGGACCUAAAAAUGGUGUAUUUCGAGUACAAAAAUUUGGCCAUGGUUCAGUAGAGUACUUAGCUUUAAAUAUUGAUAAAACAAAAGGUGUUUUGAUAUCUCAUCGUUAUAAACAACUAGACUUACCCAAUCCAUGCUCGGAUUUAGGAUGUGAAUUCCUCUGCUUGCUGAAUCCUUCUGGGGCCACUUGUGUGUGUCCGGAAGGAAAAUAUUUGAUUAAUGGCACCUGCAAUGAUGACAGCCUGUUAGAUGAUUCAUGUAAGUUAACUUGUGAAAAUGGAGGAAGAUGCAUUUUAAAUGAGAAGGGUGAUUUGAGGUGUCACUGUUGGCCUAGUUAUUCAGGAGAAAGAUGUGAAGUCAACCACUGUAGCAACUACUGCCAGAAUGGAGGAACUUGCGUACCAUCAGUUCUAGGGAGACCCACCUGCAGCUGUGCGCUAGGUUUCACUGGGCCAAACUGUGGUAAGACAGUCUGUGAGGAUUUUUGUCAAAAUGGAGGAACCUGCAUUGUGACUGCUGGAAACCAGCCUUACUGCCACUGCCAGCCGGAAUACACCGGAGACAGGUGUCAGUACUACGUGUGCCACUACUAUUGUGUGAAUUCUGAAUCAUGUACCAUUGGGGAUGAUGGAAGUGUUGAAUGUGUCUGUCCAACACGCUAUGAAGGACCAAAAUGUGAGGUUGACAAGUGUGUAAGGUGCCAUGGGGGGCACUGCAUUAUAAAUAAAGACAGUGAAGAUAUACUUUGCAACUGCACUAAUGGAAAGAUUGCCUCUAGCUGUCAGUUAUGUGAUGGCUACUGUUACAAUGGUGGCACAUGCCAGCUGGACCCAGAGACAAAUGUACCUGUGUGUCUAUGCUCUACCAACUGGUCAGGCACACAGUGUGAAAGGCCAGCCCCAAAGAGCAGCAAGUCUGAUCACAUCAGCACAAGAAGCAUUGCCAUCAUUGUGCCUCUCGUCCUCUUGGUGACUUUGAUAACCACCUUAGUAAUUGGUUUAGUGCUUUGUAAAAGAAAAAGAAGGACAAAAACAAUUAGAAGACAACCUAUUAUCAAUGGAGGAAUAAAUGUAGAAAUUGGCAAUCCAUCUUAUAACAUGUAUGAGGUAGACCAUGAUCACAGCGAUGGAGGUCUUUUAGAUCCUGGCUUUAUGAUAGACCCAACAAAGGCCAGAUACAUAGCGGGAGGACCCAGUGCUUUCAAGCUUCCACACACAGCGCCGCCCAUCUACCUAAACUCUGAUUUGAAAGGACCACUAACUGCUGGGCCAACAAAUUACUCCAAUCCAGUAUAUGCAAAAUUAUAUAUGGAUGGGCAAAACUGUCGAAACUCCUUAGGAAGUGUUGAUGAAAGAAAAGAACUGCUUCCAAAGAAAAUAGAAAUUGGUAUAAGAGAGACAGUGGCAUAAUCAGUGAUACCUUUUAUAUGCUGUAUAAAUGUAUAAAAUAUAAGGAUUACUUUUGUAUGUUCCAAUAGUUAUUAUACUUGUUUUGGCAUCAGCAUUACCUCUUUCUUUAUCUUUUUCCUGGUUAAUUGUUUUCUGAGUUUUUGGGUUUAUGUUUUGCUGAUGACUAUUGAUUGACCAUUUGUAUGGUAUUUUUAUGAAAAAGAACUGCACUACAGUACAAUUUACAACAAUGCUGCUGAUAUGACACACCUUUGAAUUUGUCAAAAUUAAAAACAACAUAUUCCUUUGUAGUGUGAAUAUAAGCAAUCUAUUUUAUAUGAACUUUUUUGGUUGUACUUAAUCAAAGAGAAUCUCUGCACUUUUCCAUUAUAUGGUUUGAAAGCUGUAAUACAGUGUCAUUUUAUUUUUCUCUUUAAAUUGAUUGAUGGGAAAAUGAUUGAAUGAUCAACUCUCUUCUUUGUGCCCAUAAAGAUUGAUUCAGACUCUGCUGAAAAUAUAUAGCUCUCACAAGUUCAACAUCACCUGCUUUGAAAUUAGCCUUAGAUUGCCAACCAAUAGAUGAGAAUUUUGAGGAAAAAAUUUAAAAAUAUGUAAAAUUAAUAAUUUGCAUGAGCACAGAUGACUCCAUUUUCCAAAACUUAGUGGACUCUAUCUGAUGUACUAAAUGUAUACACCUUGUAAGCAAUAGUUAUAUUUAGGUGGUAGAACAUAGCAAAAAUAUAACUGAAAGUUGGCAGAUGCACUUGCUACUGAAUAAGACCUUUUGUUCUCCCUCAGUCUUGAGAUUGAUAGCCACCCUAGAGCACAACAGGGCAUUGGGUACUUGUGUCUUAGGUAUUUCUUCCCAGUCACAUGCAUUUUGUGGAAGAUUAACCCAAGCCCUUACUACACUAAACAGUAAAGAAUAAUACAUAAGCACACAAAUUGAUGACAGAAUUUCAAUUAUGUGAAUGCAUCCUCUUUGCUAGGUCAAAAUCAAAGGGCAAAGCAGACAUUUUAGUACACAUAGUGAUUGGUAAAUAUUUUCAAGAUAUAAUAUGAGUAAUCCAUUAUUCGCUCUAUCCAAAAUAUAUUCAAGAGGCUUCCAAGUUGUAGAAGAACAAUGAUCUGCUCAUAAUCGAAGGUGGAGAGUCUAAAUGCUGUACCAGUUGCUCUGGUAUUCAUGUUUCCUUGGGUUUUACAGAACACAUGGACCCCAUUCACAUUUGGUUUGUUUAUCUUCAAAUUUGAGUUGAAACAAGUGUGAUUUAUUUAAGUUGUAUUAAAAAAAAGGAUAGCAUUUUUAUACAAAUAUCUUUAAAGGCACAAAAGAUUUAUUCACAAGUUUUGGAGGGCUUUUUGUUCCUCCGAUAGACAUGACUGACUUUUAGCUGUCAUAAUGUAUUAACCUAACAGAUGAAAUAUGUUAAAUAUGUGGUUGCUCUUUAUCCCUUUGUACAAGCAUUAAAAAAACUGCUGUUUUAUAAGAAGACUUUUUGUUGUACUAUGUGCAUGCAUACUACCUAUUUCUAAACUUUGCCAUAUUGAGGCCUUUAUAAACUAUUGAUUUAUGUAAUACUAGUGCAAUUUUGCUUGAACAAUGUUAUGCAUAUCAUAAACUUUUUCAGGUUCUUGUUUAAGUACAUUUUUUAAAUUGAACAGUAUUUUUCAUUUUGGUUAUAAUAUAGUCAUUUUGCCUAUGUUUCUACAAUGAAGUGUUAAAUACUUUAUAAAAAAUUGUUGACUGACUUAUUUAAAUGAAAUUCUACAUAUUUAA